CCGCCCAACAUCACAACGCCAGGCGGAAGCAGAGAUGGACGAUCAGUCGGAAUUUAGGAUUUCUGAUGUGUUCUCAUACGAGAGCCUGGUGCACGCUACAGCGGGUGCCCUGGGCAGUGUUACAUCUAUGACAGUAUUUUAUCCACUGGACUCGGCAAGACUUCGAUUGCAAGUUGAUGAGAAGAGGAAAGCUAAGUCAACUCCAGCUGUUUUGGCAGAAAUAGUGCGGGAGGAAGGCCUACUUGCACCAUAUCGGGGCUGGUUCCCGGUGAUCUGCAGUUUGUGCUGCUCCAACUUUGUUUACUUUUACACCUUCAACAGCGUGAAGGCAAGCUGGGUGAAAGGUCGACGCUCAACACCAAGCAAGGAUCUGCUCAUGGGUAUCUUUGCAGGGGUUGUUAAUGUGCUUAUUACCACACCACUGUGGGUGGUUAAUACCCGGCUUAAAUUACAAGGAGCAAAAUUUAGAAAUCGUGACAUCAAAUCAACUCAUUACAAAGGCAUUUUGGAUGCCUUUAAGCAAAUUCUGCACAAUGAGGGGAUUUCUGCACUGUGGAAUGGCACAUUCCCCUCCCUAUUGCUUGUGCUUAACCCUUCCAUUCAGUUUAUGUUUUAUGAAGGCUUAAAACGACAACUACACCGUGGACCUGAUGGGGAGUUUUCCUCAUUAGAUGUUUUUCUAAUUGGAGCUGUAGCCAAAGCCAUUGCUACUAUAGCGACGUACCCUUUACAGACAGUGCAGUCCAUUCUUAGGUUUGGACGGAACAGGGAACAGAGAGAAAGCAAAAUUAUUGGAAGUGUGAAAAGUAUUCUCUUCCUAUGGAAGCAGAGGUUCAGGAGUGAAGGCAUUCUGGGAUUGUUUAAGGGCCUGGAAGCCAAAUUGCUACAGACAGUACUGUCAGCUGCACUUAUGUUCCUCCUCUAUGAGAAGAUAGCUGCUACAACUUUCAGAGUAAUGGGGAUUAAACCUAGACAGCACAGUCACAAGUGACUACAAGAAAGGAAGGAGACAGAAAACAAAUCAAUGAAACAUACUGUAUGUCAGAACACGGACUAUCUAAAGUGAUUCUUGUGUGCACUUGGUGGAAGAAAAAAAAAAAAAAAAGUUCUAGAGUUAUGUUACUUGCUUCAUAGUGCACACAUUAAAAGCCAGUUCUUCAAGUCAGCAAAAAAUAACAAUGAGCUCAGAAAAAAAAAAA